ACUGAUCUGCUUAAGUAGGACAAAAUAGUUUUGGAGUGCACGGCUAUAGAUUUCACACUUUUUGAGGCUUACUGAGGUCACACUCCGUGCGUGACCGGAGACAAUUGAGGUCACACUCCGUGCGUGGCCGGAGACAAUUGAAUUUCUCGAUGGAUUACGGCAUGUGAAGGACGCUGGUCGGGGUUGGAGGAACUCGUGCGAUCUUUGACCAAGAAAUGCAUGACAGUUUUUCCCAUCCUGCAGUGACUUGCUUUCAUUCAAUAAGUAAAAACAUGUAUAUAGAAUCAUUAACUGAAUGCAACGAUCAGUAAGACUAAUCAGGCUACCGAUAUGGAAGACCGGUGGAGGGGGUCGGUCUGCCUGAACCUUUAAUUCUGGCCCUAACUUUAUUUGAGGUGUACAAGAUUGUGAAUACUUUUGUGGUAACCAAAAGGAUAGUUAUGGCUAUUCAAGGUCACCCAUAAAGGUCAAAGUAAAGUUAUUACCAACAUUGAUUAUGUUUAAUUCUUGCAAUUGGGGGCAUACUAUUCAUAAAAGUGUCUCUUUGAUAAACUUCAAAGUACCUUGGGGUAUCUGGGGCCCAUUGUAAGCCCAGUACUCCUGUUCAUUGUGAAUCCUAGCGGGGCCCGCGCCAGACAGAUAAGUCAGGAGCCGUCUGAAUACAUGUGUAUAUAAUCCUUUGAUUAAUAUCCAAUUCUGCAUGUCGUUUGUUUAUGCAUGAAGGCGAAAUAUUGCUGUUGGUGUAUCAGAAGUGUUCACUAUAUACUUAGCUGUCUUUUAUCUUAUAGAUCUUGUCAAAACAAUGAACAAACCUAAACUCAGCUGGAUAAAUAUUUUGUGGUAGCACUUCAGGGCACUGUCCGUUCACGGGGAGGAAAUAUUAUAUAGUGGUUGGGUCAGUGACCACGUGAUUAUAGAGUAGCCGACUGUACAUGUACAAUGUACUAACGAGCAGGUAUGCGCGGAUCAAAAGAGACGUUGUAUCUCCUGCGGAAUGAAUAAUUAUAUGAUUGUGUUAUAGAAAAAUAAAACAGGAUGGGCGGGGCUGAUAAUUUGUGUAAGUUACUCUACACGUGAUGUAAUCUAUACAAUCAUAAAACACAAAACUUGGAGUGUUUGAAGCACGGCUUAAUUCUUUUUUUAUAUUUACUUAAUGGGCGUUUGUGUUCAAGGGUUGAGUGAGAGGCCACUAAAGCAAUCCAGCGUUUUGACUUUCUAUUUGAACAAAGAAUCCAAACGACGAAGAGACAAAGCAUUGGAGGCACAGGCCCUGGAUUGGGUUGAGGCCAAUCUAGGAGAACCCGUGGACAGAAAAACACCAUACGAGGAUGUACUCAGGGAUGGCAUUAUCCUGUGCAAUUUGAUGAAUAAACUUAUGCCCGGAUGCAUAAAGAAAAUCGACAAGAAGGGUGGGGGAUUCGCACUCAUGCAGAACAUCGAGCGUUUCCAGGAAGCGGCCAAAAAAUACGGCGUCCCUGUUAACGAGGUGUUUCAGACGGUGGACCUCUGGGAGAGGAAAAACAUUCCUCAAGUCACGCUCUGUAUCCACGCCCUGGGACGAGUGGCCCAGACACGAGAAGAUUAUACUGGACCAACACUGGGUCCGAAAAUGGCCGAAAAACAAUCUCGGGAGUUUUCGGAGGAUCAGCUUAGAGAAGGAAGGAAUGUCAUUUCCUUACAAUACGGAAGUAACAAGGGCGCAAGUCAAGCCGGUUUAAAUAUGGGCAAGCAGAGAAUGAUCAACGACUGAGCUUUAAAGGGACACUACGGACGAUUGUGAAUUUCGUUGAUUUUAUUUCUUAACUUUUUUGUUUCAUUAGUUACGUUUUUUUAUUUCUACAUAUCAAUGGCAUUUUAUUUCAUGUUUGUAGACGAUCUGGAGAUGUAUGCAUAGUUAACUUAUUAUAUAUUGGGAGUAUAAGUACAUAAAACACAACAAAACUAA